AUGAAGAACUCCGUCGUAUUCAUGCUCUUUAGUGCUGUCGCGCUCAGUGGAGCGUCUCAAUCUGUUGCAGAAGGUUCAAGCCGCGACUCCGAGCCCAAUAUCGAGGCACGCAAGGCCGCCGAUUACGCCCCAGCAGUGGGCAUGGCGGCCAAGAUACUUGGACAGGCAUUGAAUCUUCCAUCCGCUCAGAAUGGCCCUCCUACGAUGGGUAUGGGCUAUGGCAUGGGUAUGGGCAUGGGCAUGGGCAUGGGGUAUUACAAGCGAGAGGUCGAGGAGUUGCUUGGUAGGGCGCUGUCAGACGACAAAGCUGAGGCUUUGGAAGAUCUCCAUGCACGCGAGGAAGAAUACGAAGAGUUAGAAACGAGGAAGGCCGCCGAUUAUGCCCCAGCAGCGGGCAUGGCGGCCAAGAUAUUAGGACAGGCUUUAAAUCUCCCAUCGGCGCAGAAUGGUCCACCAACGAUGGGUAUGGGCUAUGGCAUGGGAAUGGGAAUGGGAAUGGGGACGGGGUAUUACAGGCGCGAUGUAGUGGAGGAGCUUCUUGGUAGGGAGCUGUCCGACCACGAAGCCGGUGUUAUGGACUACCUCCGAGUUCGAGACAACGAAUACGAAGAACUGGAGGCGCGCAAAGCAGCGGAUUACGCACCAGCUGCAGGCAUGGCCGCCAAAAUUCUUGGCCAGGCUCUGAAUCUACCAUCUGCUCAGAAUGGGCCGCCUACCAUGGGGAUGGGAUACGGGAUGGGCAUGGGGAUGGGAAUGGGAAUGGGGUACUACAAGCGUGACUUUGAGGAGCUGCUCGGAAGGGAGUUGUCAGACGACGAGGCCAGCGUCUUGGAGGGUCUUCAGGCGCGAGAUGAUGAUGAGCUGGAAGCACGCGAUGGCGAUGGGGCUGAUUACGCCUCAAGGCAGCUGGAAGACUUAUUUGAGCGGGAAUUGCUUGAAAUGUUCGAUGAUUCGUUUAUUUAA